AUGGCGGCAUUUGUACCAUCAGAGGACCAUAUACGGCAUUGCAUGUUGUUUCAUUUUCACGCUAGUUUGAACGCAGCUGCUGCGACUAGAAAAAUUUGCGAUACGUAUGGCGAAGUGUUGGAAGUUAACAAGUGUCAAAGUUGGUAUAGAAAAUUUGCCGCAGGUGAUUAUGGCCUUAAUAAUAUGCCGCGAAGUGGCCGACCCGUACAGUUCGACGAAGACGCGCUGAAGUCGCUAGUGGAAGCAGAUCCGAGAUUGACCAUACAGGAAUUAUCGAGAAGCCUACAAUCAACCUGGUCAACCGUACAAAGACACUUACAUCAAGUCGCCAAAAAGUGUAGACAAGGUGUUUGGACUCCACAUGAAUUAAGCGAAAGCAAUAAGGACCAGCGACGAACAAUUUGCACAUCUUUAUUUACGAGACUGAACUCAGAUCCAUUUUUAAACAGGAUCGUAACUGGUGACGAAAAGUGGAUCCUGUACGAUAAUGUAAAACGCUCUAGACAGUGGCUUUCAGCAAAUCAGGCGCCAAGACCGACAUCAAGACCAACAUUGACAAUGAGGAAGGUUUUACUCUCAAUUUGGUGGGAUUGCAGUGGAAUCAUACACUUCGAGCUAGUGAGAGCAGGCGAAACGAUAACAGCAGACUCAUAUUGUUCACAAUUGGAACGACUUCAAUCAAAGCUAAUUGAAAAACGGCCAGCUCUAAUCAAUAGAAGAGGAGUCAUUUUGCAACAUGACAAUGCCCAGCCUCACACAGCAAGAAUCACGCAAGAAAAAAUAAAGGAGUUAGGAUGGGAAGUUCUACUUCAUCCACCUUAUUCACCAGAUAUUGCCCCAUCGGAUUAUCAUUUGUUUCGGUCGCUGGAACAUUCCUUACGAAAUAAAACUUUCAACUCUGUCACCGACGUCGAAAGGCACCUUCAGUCAUAUUUUGCUUCACGGCCGGCAGAUUUCUACAGGAAUGGAAUUGAAAAUUUGCGCAGCAGAUGGCGAACUGUUAUUGAUAAUGAUGGAGAUUAUAUAAUUGAUUAA